UAGCACUUCUCUCCAUUUUCUUUGGCGGAGGCCCUAGAUUCCCCUUCCCAGCUGCGACCAUGUUUUUGGCUUCUCGAUUUCGCCAAGCGUAUCGCUAUCGCUUUUACUGCACAAUCGCAUCAACUGCGAAUUCAUCUGAGGCUGGCACUGGCCAGAGUACAUGGCCUGGUCCCUUUUCUCCUUCCUCGAGGGUGGAAUCCAGGCCGGUUCUCGCCCGUCUCAAGGCCGAGGAGAAUCCAGAGCGGAUACUCGAGAUUUGCCGCUCCGCUUCGCUCAACCCUGAGGCUUAUAUUGAUCGCAUUUGUUUCUCCAUUACCGUUUCCAAGCUCACGGCAGCCAAACAGUUCGAGAGUAUUCGUCAAUUGCUUGAGGAAUUGAAGACCCGGCCGGACUUUAAUGAGAACGACGGUUUCGCGUGCCACGUUAUAAUAUGGUAUGGUCAAGCCAACAUGCUUGAAGAUGCCAUUCUCACUUUCAAGCAACUUGAUCAGUUGGGUAUUACUCGUUCCGUUAAAUCGUUGUAUGCUUUGCUUGUUGCUUGUCAAAUGGCUAAGAAUUACGAUGAGUUGUGUCGAAUUUUCUGUGAAUUCCCAAAAACAUAUGGAAUAGAACCCAACCUUGAAACGUAUAAUAUGGGAAUCAAGGCGUUUUGCAUUGCGGGUAAGUCUAGUUCUGCAUAUUCGAUACUAACUGAGAUGGAUAGAAAAGGCGUAAAGCCUGAUGAGGCUACUUUUGGGAAUUUGCUUGCUGGAUUUUACAAUGAAGAAAAGUUGGAAGAUGUAGGGAAGGUGUUGCAACUGAUGGUUCAGUAUGGCAUUAAACCAGGUCUUACCACCUACAACAUUAGGAUUCAGAGCUUAUGUAAAAUGAAGAAGUCGUCGGAAGCGAAGGCGUUGCUCGGUGGCAUGAUGUCCAGGGGUGUGCAGCCAAAUACAGCUACUUACUGCCAUUUGAUUCAUGGGUUCUGUAAAGAAGGGAGGUUUAAUAAAGCAAUAAAAUUGUUCGGUGACAUGCGAACAAAAGGCAUGAAACCCACUGCUACCUGUCACUUUACUCUGAUUACCUUCCUGUGCGAAGGUGAGCAUUUUGUGAAAGCGUUUUGGGCUACCAAGAGAUGUAUUAAGCAUGGUUGGAUUCCACCUUACUCAGUAAUGACAAGACUUGCGAAUGGUUUAAUAAGCAUUUCCAAGUUUGAUGAUGCUAAGUUUCUUAUCAAGCAUAUCAAGCAGAAGUUCAAGAUAAACAAUGCACAAUGGGAUGAAAUUGAAGCUAAGUUGCCUUCGUAGGGAUGACUGUAAACUCAGUCAGAUGGAACCCAGAAAACUCGUGUCCUCUCAUCACGUCCAUUCAUGUCCUGUCUAUAUUGAUCGACUCAUGAAAAAUUAUUAGGUGGAUUGACCGAAUUAUGAAUAUGCAUAGGAAUGCUGGUACUUAACAAUCUUACCAUGAUAAAACUCUGGAUUGCCAAUGCCUGACACAGUGAUACUCAUGCUUUACUUAUGGUAGACAAAUGAGAAGAUCACAACAACAUCUUGGUUUCAUUGAUUCUGAGCUAGCUUUGCUGUGUUGUUGGAUCGAGUGCUUACUAGUAGAGUAUGAGUUAUUAUCAGGGCUCACCUUUAUAAUGUCAAGCCCCCUUUCUAGUCUAUUCAGCAUCUUGGCCAUCCUAUUGCCAGCAAGCUUGGCAGUUUUUAUGUUCUCUUGCCUUUUUAUCUUCAAAGGAAUCUAUAAUUUUGAGCUGUGAAGGAGCCAAAGCUGCUUUUGAGAGGCUAUCUUGUAAUCUUGUGUAGUCUGAUGGUUUUCUCAUUGUCCAGGAAUGAUCAUUUUCAAAUGAUGAAUGUCACGAGGAAAAUUUACUAUGUGAAGUGUCAGCAACAAUAAUGUGUAUGUUUAGUUUGCCAUGGCCAAUCUUGAUGAUCCCUUGCUCUCUAAUGUCCACUCUUCAAGUGGAUCGUAAUUCUCUGCAAUAAUAAUGUAUCAUGUUGAGGGGGAAAAUAAUACUACUUCCGGUCCUUAAUAUAAGAGUUGAUUUGAUUUUUAA